GAUCAUGGGCGAACAAGCAGCAGCAUACAAGUGCCAAAAGGCUUGCAAGGAUGGUGUUCCAACAAAGAAUACCUUCGUGCACUAUGAUCUCGAGCUCGUGGACAGGGAGGCCAGCGGUGGUGGUGGUGCCAUGAAGAGGGUAGCCUCUUGCCCAUGCAUCCUGGCAGACGUUGAGUGCGUUCAAGGGUCAGAUGAGCCUGAGUCACCCAAGUCCGUGUCGGGGGACUCUACCAUGACGAAUACCACCUUUGGAGAAGAGGUUGUUGGCUUCCGGAGCGCCUCCUCCUCCAAAGAAACCAGCCAAAGCCAUUGGCCACCCCCCUCUUGGCAGGAGCAACAAGCUGCGCUGUCUAGCAACCAAAAUGCAAGGGGUCCGGCUUUGUCCCCCAGUGCGGCUUACCCGUCUGCCGACGAUGCCUCGCCGGUGGAGGCGAAGACCGCUCUCAAGUGCCCAGCCCAUUUGGGUGCUUCCAGUUCCUCAUGCAGCCAGGUGGCUGUUCAGCUCGAAGCGUUCGGGCUUGAGCCCGGGGAGGCGAAUCAAGUCCGGCCAAAGACGGCAUCCAGGAAGCGCAAGCCAGUGAACAUGAAGAAGCUGAUCAACAAGGAGAUCAUGCAAGCACUCACAGGCACCGAGGUCCUCAAUGUUGUUGCCAAGCGCCUCUCUCAGAUGAAUGGAGUCAACUUGGCCACGGGCUUCCAUCGCCUGGCCCGGAGCAAUGUGGCUAUGGAGGAGGUUGCCGAGUCUCCCACUUUCGCCAGAAUGUUGGAGCUAGCGGAGAGAUCCGCAAAGCAUGAGAAG